AUGCUCGUUCGGGCCUCGCCUCUUGGAGAAGCAUGCUAUGGCGUCCUUCGGAGGGUUCUGCUGAGGGAGGUACAGGCGCUCACUCUCCACAGAGGCCAGUACACGACAUCCCGGCGGACAGCUGCAGUCCCUCAGCUGCAGUGCACGGGAGGCACUGCUGGAUGUUCCCGUGUCCCUGAGGUCGUCCAGUGUUACAACAAAGGUUGGGAUGGCUAUGAUGUACAGUGGCAGUGCAAAGCAGACUUGGAAAAUACCUACCGUUUUGGACAGAUCGAAGUGAGCUGUGAAGGCUACGAUUAUCCGGAUGAUCCUUACAUCUUAAGAGGCUCCUGUAGUUUGCUGUUCAGGCUAGAGCUGACUGAGGAAGGUGAAAGGAAAGUGAAGAACUCUGGAAGUUUUGGUUCUGGCUAUUAUCAGUCAAGGAAGGAUUCUUCUGAUUCUGGUGCUGGAGCGAUUGUUAUAAUUGUUGUUCUGGUUCUUGCUUUUGGAGUAUACAAGCUCUUCCUCAGUAACCAGCAGCCUCAGCAGAGUUUUGGUGACGGUGAUGGAUUCACCAGGCCUUCCUGGCAGAGUCAGCAGGCUCCUCCUCCUCCUACUGGUUUUAAGUCCAGCUUCACAGAAGGAAACAGCUUUGGGACUCAUUCCAGUCAUGGAACCAGUUCAGGACCGGGAUUUUGGACUGGAUUAGGAGCAGGAGGCUUGCUAGGCUACUUGGCUGGCAGUCACAGGGCACAGCCACGUUCCCCGUACCACAGUAUGUGGACAGAUCCCACAGCUGCACCUCCAAUGAAUGGGCAGUCAAGCAAUUCCACACAAGGGAGCAGUUCAGGAACAAGAACUGCUUCUGGCUUUGGGGGCACAAAACGAAGAUGAAAUCCUUGACAUUAUUACAUCUGAGUGAUUGAA